CACUACCAAGUCAUUGAAAAAAUGUUUAGGUUCCUUUUUGGACCUCGAUCUUCUUCUUCAAAGAAGACCAAACGAAGGAGUGAGAGACUUUCGUCUCUUGAAGACUCCUACCCUCGCAGGCAAAGGGGUGAGAGCCCAAUGCCUUGUGCAAAAAACAAGCCCUCUAACACCGGGCAGCAAGAACGAAAGGAUGUGAGAGCUCUGUUCUUCGUUGGCAACAACCCUUCUGCCAUCACGAAGGAUCACAGGCAAAGGGGUGAGAGCCCUUUGUCUUAUGCAGAAAACAAGCCCUCUACCACCAGGCAGCAAAAACGAAGGGAGGAGAGCCCUUCAUCUUCUGAAGAUGACGAGCUUUCUACCACAAGGAGGCAGCAAGAAAACAGGGGUGAGAGCGCUUCAUCCUCAUCUUCUGAAGACAAUGAGCCUUCUACAACCUUUGGGCAGGAUGGAGAAAAGGUUGAGAACCAUUUGCCCUGCGUUGAAAUCCACCGUCCUCCCAUCUGGAGAGAGCCUGUACGAAGAGGUGAGAGACCAUCUCAUGGAGACUUUAACCAAUCUACCAACUUAAAGCAGGACGGACAAAGUGGUGGGAGCCCUUCAUCUUCUGAUGACGAAGAGCCUUCUACCACAAGCAGGCAGGAAGAACAAAGGGGUUUGAGGCAUUUGUCUUUUGCAGACAUACGCCUUUCUACCACCUUGAGGCUUGACGGAGGAAUAUACGAGCUCCUUUUUCCCUGCGUUACCAGCGACCUUCCAACCAAGUUGCUGCAGGACGGACGAAGGGGUAUCAGCCCUUCCUCUUCAUCAUCUGGAGAUGACGAGCCUUAUACCUCAAGGAGGCAGCAAGAAAAAAGGGGAGAGAGAGGCGGCGAAAAAGACGGAUUGAGAGCCCUUCGUCAUCCUCUUCUGAAGACGAAGAGCCUGCUACCAUUAGCUGGCAGCAAGAACAAAGGGGUUUGA